CAUCUGCAACAUGCGUCGUUCUUGACCUCUUGAAAGUAUGUAUUCUGUUUAUCUUUUAAUCCCAUUUUGGGAGAUGGGUUCAUACUCAAAUAGAGUAGUACGUAGAGUAACUAUUUUCUACCAUAGAUUGUUGAUUUUGAAUCUUGUCUAUUUUAUUAAUUGUGCACUGCAUUUCACAAUACUUGCAAUUAAGUUAUGCUUUAUUAGGCACCAUUAGGAAAAGGAAGGAAAAAAAAAAUUGUGCAGGGGAAAUAAAAAGAAAUAACAAGAAUAUGAAUUUCUAUUUGAUUUUCGGAAAUCUGGGUGCUUAAGAAAUGUAAGGGAAGUGAUAUUUUGUACAAUUAUACCCAAAAAGAUUUCUAUCUAUAUUGUUUAGAGGUCAUAUUAUCUAUGGAAGCUCAAUAAAGCAUAAGUUAGAAAGUUGUAUUUCCUUCCAAAAAUGUCAAGUGGGGUAAUUUUCCGUUAUUUCCUUUCUUUUCUUUUUUUUUUUCCCCCUUUCUCAUCGGAGUGCCUAAACAAAGGAAAAUUUUUCGAAAAUGUGGUGUCUCACUGAUGGUUUCUUUAACAGAUUUUAUUAGGUAGUGGAAACACCAAGAAAUGGCUCCUGGAAAAUUUACCCACAAGACAAAUGAGGCUUUUGUUUCGGCUCAUGAACAGGCAAUAAGUGCUGGUCAUGCCCAGAUAACACCUCUGCAUCUUGCUGUUGCUUUGAUUUCAGACCCUUGUGGAAUCUUUAGCCAGGCAAUCUCUAACGCUGGUGGUGAAUCUGCUUCCCAAGCUGCACAAAGAGUUUUCAAUAAUGCCAUGAAAAAGCUCCCAUCUCAAUAUCCACAUCCAGAUGAAGUUCAAUCAAAUACUAGUCUUAUUAACGUGAUAAGGGGUGCCCAAGCAUUACAAAAAUCAAGAGGUGACAGCCAUUUAGCUGUUGAUCAGCUCAUAUUAGGUCUUCUUGAGGAUUCCCAAAUAGGGGACCUGUUGAAAGAAGCGGGAAUUGCUGCUACAGAAGUAAAAUCUGAGGUUGAGAAACUUCGAGGAAAGGAAGGGAAAAAGUUGGAGAGUGCUUCUGGAGAUACGACUUUUCAAGCAUUGAAGACUUAUGGGAGAGAUCUUGUGGAGCAAGCAGGAAAGCUUGACCCUGUCAUUGGAAGAGAUGAAGAGAUUAGGAGAGUUGUAAGAAUUUUAUCACGGAGAACCAAGAACAACCCAGUUCUUAUUGGUGAGCCUGGAGUCGGUAAGACUGCUGUGGUAGAAGGUUUGGCCCAAAGGAUUGUGAGAGGAGAUAUGCCAACUAACCUUGCUGAUGUGAGGCUUAUUGCGUUGGAUAUGGGUGCCUUAGUAGCUGGAGCAAAAUAUAGAGGAGAAUUUGAGGAGCGGUUGAAGGCUGUCUUGAAGGAAGUGGAAGAGGCAGAAGGAAAGGUAAUACUAUUUAUUGAUGAAAUCCAUCUUGUUCUUGGAGCUGGUCGAACAGAGGGUUCUAUGGAUGCUGCUAACCUUUUCAAGCCCAUGCUUGCUAGAGGUCAGCUUAAGUGCAUUGGUGCAACAACACUGGAAGAGUACAGGAAGUAUGUAGAAAAAGAUGCUGCAUUUGAGAGAAGGUUCCAGCAAGUUUACGUUACAGAACCUAGUGUUACUGACGCAAUUAACAUUCUUCGAGGUUUGAAAGAGAAGUAUGAGGGUCACCAUGGUGUUCGAAUUCUAGAUCGAGCUCUUGUAGUUGCAGCACAGUUAUCCAGUCGAUACAUUGCAGGCCGUCGUCUGCCUGAUAAGGCAAUUGAUUUAGUUGAUGAAGCCUGCGCAAAUGUAAGAGUCCAACUUGAUAGUCAGCCUGAAGAAAUUGAUAGCCUGGAGAGAAAGAAAAUCCAACUAGAAGUGGAACUCCAUGCGCUGGAGAAGGAGAAGGACAAAGCCAGCAAAGCUCGACUUGCUGAAGUUGUAAAAGAACUUGAUGACUUGAGAUACAAGCUUCAACCUCUGAUGAUGAAAUACAAAAAAGAGAAGGAGAGGAUUGAUGAAAUUAGGCGCCUCAAGCAGAAGAAAGAGGAGAUACAGUUUACAAUUCAAGAGGCAGAAAGAAGAUAUGAUUUAGCUAGAGUUGCUGAUUUGCGUUAUGGGGCAUUGGAAGAAGUUGAUGCUGCCAUAGCUCGGCUUGAAGGAAGUACAGAUGAGAACUUAACAUUGACGGAAACUGUUAAACCAGAACAUAUUGCAGAAGUUGUAAGCCGAUCGACUGGCAUUCCCAUUACAAGGCUUGGCCAAAAUGAGAAAGAGAAGUUAAUUGGGCUUGCAGAGAGGUUGCAUGAGAGAGUGGUGGGACAAGACCAAGCAGUUGAUGCUGUUGCAGAGGCUGUGCUUAGGUCAAGGGCUGGCUUAGGAAGGCCACAACAGCCAACUGGUUCAUUCCUUUUCUUGGGUCCAACUGGUGUCGGUAAAACGGAGCUUGCUAAGGCUCUGGCUGAGCAGCUCUUUGAUGAUGAGAAUCAAUUGGUGAGAAUAGAUAUGUCUGAGUAUAUGGAGCAACACUCUGUUGCAAGACUAAUUGGUGCUCCUCCAGGGUAUGUGGGACAUGAGGAAGGUGGGCAGCUUACAGAGGCUGUGAGGCGAAGGCCUUACAGUGUUGUCCUGUUUGAUGAAGUGGAGAAAGCACAUCAUUCUGUGUUUAAUACUCUCCUACAAGUUCUGGAUGAUGGACGGUUGACUGAUGGCCAAGGCCGCACCGUAGACUAUAGCAAUACAGUCAUUAUAAUGACUUCCAACCUUGGAGCAGAACAUCUGCUAUCAGGAUUAAUGGACAAAUGUUCAAUGCAAGUUGCUCGAGAUCGUGUUAUGCAAGAGGUGAGGAAGCAUUUUAGGCCUGAAUUGCUAAAUAGGCUUGAUGAGAUUGUGGUGUUUGACCCACUUUCUCGUGACCAAUUGAGGAAAGUUGCUAGAUUACAAAUGAAGGAUGUUGCUGUCCGUCUCGCUGAGAGGGGUACUGCAUUGGCCGUGACUGAUGCUGCAUUGAAUUAUAUAUUAGCAGAGAGUUAUGAUCCUGUUUAUGGUGCCCGACCAAUUAGAAGAUGGCUUGAAAAGAAGGUGGUUACGGAGCUGUCAAGAAUGCUCAUAAGAGAGGAGAUUGAUGAAAAUUCAACUGUCUACAUAGAUGCGGGGCCGAAGGGAGGUGACUUGGCAUAUCGAGUGGAGAAGAAUGGUGGACUUGUUAAUGCAACCACAGGACAGAAGGCUGAAGUAUUAAUUCAGAUACCCAGUGUCCCCAGGGCUGAUGCAGAACAGGCUGUGAAGAGGAUGAAGAUUGCAGAAAUCGUUGAUGACGAUAAAGAGAUGAUCGAGUAAAUUGCCUGGGUUGAAGGAAAGGGGCAUGCUGCUCUCCAGAGUUGAAAGUUGGUUAUUAAUUACACUCGGGGGUAUGCAGUAAUUAGCCCUUCCGCUCCAGUCUAACAGCAAGUGUUAACGAAUGCAGGUUUUGUCCAGAUUUUGAAUUUACUAGGUGCUCCAGAGCACAUGUGAUGGGAUGGAAUAAUUGAAAUCUUUUGAGUAUAGGGUGUAAUAAAAAUUAGUACACUAGAAGCAUAUUAUAAUUUUCCUAGGAUGUAAAUGUAAAAUUAACUUUUCCCUCUGUUUUUAAAUAUUUUUUUCCUCUUUUUACAUAGAGAGUGUUUGGCC